CCUAACACCCACAACAGCAGGAAGAAACAAAGACGCUAGAGAGAAAUGACAGGAAAACUCUGUUUUAUGAUACUUCUUUUCACUAUCAUUUCCCUCUCCUCCUCCCUCUCUCUUCCCCUCAUUCACCACCUCUCUCUCUCCUCCCAAAACCGCACCACCGCUGCAAGACUCCGACGACUUGUCCAAAUUUCCAGCCACCGCCUCCAUUACCUAUCAAACUUUCCAGUGAAAAAUUCCAGCCGUAAACCCCAAUCUCAUGUUCCACAAGAAAUGGCACCAGAGAUCCAUGGUGAUAGCUACUUAUACCUGGUUAAUUUCUCCCUAGGAACCCCACCAGUUCAACAGCUUGCCAUUUUAGACACGAGCAGUCCAAUACUAUGGAUACAAUGUGAGCCGUGUGAUCCCUGUUUCUCUCAAUCGGUGCCCAUUUUUUCACCGGAGUCUUCAAAAUCAUUUUCUCCUGUUCAUUGCUCUGAUCCUCUCUGUAAUGGCCUUCUUUGUGACAACAAUACAAACCUUUGCACCUUCUCCUCAUCUUAUGGCCAGAGUGCCACAACCUCUGGCCAAAUUGCCACCGAAACCUUAACUUUCUCAUCUGAUUCUGGCGACCAGCCAGAAUUCUCACCGAAAAUUGCCAUUGGCUGUGGCUUUAGCAACAGGAAUUUCAAAUUUCCUGGUGGAUUUUCCGGCAUAUUUGGCCUAAGCAAUAGUCCCAUUUCCUUUAUCUCACAAUACUACAAAUCAGAAUACCAUCAAUUCUCAUAUUGUUUACUCAGGCUUUUGCUUGAAACCACUGAAACACAAACCAGCCAGCUUAGAUUUGGCAUUGAAGCUAAGCUUUCAGGACCUGAUGUAAGAAGCUUCGAGCUCUUAGACUAUGCAAAUUCACUGUAUUAUCUGAAUUUAACAGAUAUCAGCAUAGGGGACAACCGGUUAGGGAUACCACCUAAGGUGUUUGACAUGGAUUCUGAUAAAAAAGGUGGUUUUGUGAUCGAUUCAGGAGCCACUGUUUCUUAUUUGAGAGAAACGGGUUACUCAUAUUUGAAAGAUGGUAUGGUUUACUGGUUUUCCGGUGCCUGGAAUUUGACACAAAUUGAUGGAAAAAAGUAUAGUUUUGACCUUUGUUGGGAAAUUCCGACUCCAGAAUUUAAUGAGUUUCCUAAUUUGACACUUCAUUUUGGGGAAAAAGAUUGGGAACUGAUGCCGGAAAAUGUGUUUUACGUCGAUAGAAAUGCCAGAAUAUUUUGCAUGGUCAUUUUGGCAUCAGAUAAAAUGUCUAUCUUGGGGACGUAUCAGCAACAAGAUUUUAGGGUUUUAUAUGACAUUUCUGGGAGAAGGGUUUCGGUGCAAAGAGCGAGCUGUGCUGGUGGUGGUUAAGACUGCUUGUUACAGUAUCAUGCUAACAAGAUUUUAGGGUUUUAUAUGACAUUUCUGGGAGAAGGGUUUCGGUGCAAAGAGCGAGCUGUGCUGGUGGUGGUUAAGACUGCUUGUUACAGUAUCAAUCCACUUUGUGUUUUGUUUUGGUGUUCUUUUUUAGACAUAUUCCUCUCCUUUU